CUCCUCCUCCUCCCCCCCUCUCUUAUUCCCCCCCAGCACCAAAAGAUCUAUGACCCUGGCCCUGCUCCCCUCCGUACGCGCGAGUGUCGCUUCGUACUGGACCACCCUGGUGUCUAACCUCCCCCCCGCCCUCCACGCUUCCGUUCUGCAUCUGGAGACCGCAACCUCGCAGUCCAUCGCCGCCGUUUCGUCUCGCAUUGCUUUCUUCCUCCCUUUCCUCCCGUUUUCAUCCUCCCUUGGCGUUCCCUUCGCCCUCGCAGCCACCGCUCUAGCUGUCCUCCUGGCCACCCUGCUCAUCACAAUGACCAGCUGGAGACGUUCGAACGUGUGGAGAGAUGUCCCCUCGCCGUUUGGUGCGUUCUUCCGAGCUCCCCAGGUGCGGGACGAGGACUUUGACUACGUGGGGCCCGAGGAGCUCGGCGCUGGCUGGCGUCGACCGUCGUUCGGCCGGUUGGACUCGAUGAGAGAUCUAGGUCCACAGCGUGCUGCCGGCGGCGAGCACGUGUACGACGAAGAUGAUGAUGUCGAGAACGACAACGAUGACGACGGCGACGACGACGACGACGACGAUGAGCGGGAGCCCGAUGUGCUCAGAUUGAGACACCAUACGAAGUCUUACCUGCUCCAAUUCCCCGCGUUUGCAAUUGGUGAUGGCAUCCUGACGGUUGGAGACGUGCGGAGGGCGGCCGGCAACGUGUUGAACGUCAGUCGACUGAGGCGGAUCAAGCUGCUGUACAAGGGCCGGUUGCUGAAGGACGACAAUGCGUCUGCUAAAAGCGUGGGGUUGAAGCAGAACUCCCUGAUAAUGUGUGUGGUCUCGGAGGAUUUUGGAUCUGAUGACGACUCGACCAGUGAGUCUGAAGUGGGCGAGUUCGCCCGGUACCGUACCAAUUACGAGCGCGAGCCUCGACGCCGGCUGUCCAGCCCGCCAGGGAGGAGAAGGAGAGCCCAGUCGAAACGAAAAGACGCCCGGGUCGAUAGGCACCGCGAGGAUGAAGGCGAGGCUGGCCCACGCAGCGAGCCACGAAUAUCUCAUUCUCAGCCGCCUCGACCCCGGAUCUCUCCGCAUAUUCCACACCCUACGGAGAGCAAACCCUCGUCCCCGCUGUCUGCCCCCAUGUCACCCGCUCUUACGCCCUCGUCUCGCAUGCCAACGCCGUCCCCCAUGCUCAAUUCCUCGCAGACACCACGGGAGAAGCUCAGGAUUCUAGAUGAUUACGUGGACAAGGUUCUGAAGCCUCUAAUCAGGCAGUACAUCGAGCAGCCGCCGCACGACCAGAAAGCUUUGGAGAUGGAGCACAAGAGGCUAAGCGAGACUGCAAUGACCCAGGUCCUGCUCAAGGCCGAUGGGGUUGAGUUGGAGGGUGAUGGAGUUGCUCGCAAGCAGAGGAAGGCGCUCAUUUUGAAGGUCCAAAGUCUACUCAAGAGCCUUGAUGCUGCCGCCAAACAUUGAGACAGUAGAAGAGAGAGGGGGGGGGUUGGGGGAGAGAGAGAGAAAGAAAAAGAAAAGCAUUCCCAGUUGCAUCGGCACCAUCGAAACGGGUUUGGUUUGAUGGAGUUGAGGAGCUGCGAACUUUUUUUGUCAGAAAUACAUAAUUGCAUAGAAGGGUAUCUUGGCUUGUUAAUUUUUCCUUUUUUUAAUCCUUUUUUGAUACUAUGUCAUGACCAGCUUCUCUGCUCAAUUUACUUUUAAUCAUUAUCGCUCUCGCUCUCUCCUUUGUGGGCAUACUUUUACAUCUUUUUCUUCUUUUUUUUUUUCCUUCAAAAACUGCUACGCGGUAUGAUUGCAUCCUGACAAUUGUUCAAUUGCCCAUGUGGCUCAGCAUACAAAGUAGAUGACGAAGCAUUAAAAAGCAGAACAGAUGUGCAUCCUUGUUGCAUGAGA